CUACAUAUAGUUUUAUGGAUAAAGAAAAAGAAACCCGAAGAAAUUUAGCACAGGAGAAAGUCACCUACCUAGGCGGCGACCCUGAAGAGAAAGCGAAAGCUGAUAAAGCCCUCAGAGAAAUAUGUAGUGACGGGGAUGUCACAUACGAAGUAACUAUAGGAGAGGUCGUGAAAGCUGCCGAAAGGUAUAAUAUAUCAAUAGAUCGUGGUGAUAAUAGCAAAGAUACAUGUGAAACUACACGUGUUAAGAACGAAAUAGAAAAUGUGAGUAUGGAGCAUACACUCGAAGAAUCGGAGAAAGAGGGAAGCAGUAUUGUUGUCGGUAAUGGGGACAAAAACGACAAAGAAGAAAAUGAAGAUGAUACCCAGACUAAAAAGGAGACAGACACCAUACCCGCAAGCACCACAGUAGAAAUAACGAAACUCUCCGAGAGUGAAACAGGUGAAGACAACAGCAACAGCUGCGACAAUGAUGAAAAUCACUCCACGGAUAGAAAUUCCCCUUCUGAGAAAAAUUCAUUUAAUCUACCAUUAGGACCUUCUGGCAGAUCAGCUUUUGAAACAUCUGAAGAGUCAGAGGUCGAGGUAGCCAACAAAAAUGGUAAAACCUGCAACGAUGAUGACGUUCAGUCAACAGAUAGAGAUUCUUCAACCGAAGAAAAAUCCUUUACAUCGUCAACAGGCGUAGAAGGUAAACCAGAUUCCGCAAUCUUUGAGGUCCCUGAAAUAUUGACUCCUGAAGGAUUUGUAAUAAAACUUUACCUUCAGGACUUACUAGAAACUGAUGUAGACGUAAUUGUUAAUGCUGCCAAUGAUAAAAUGUUACAUGGAGCUGGUAUAGCUGCUGCAAUUUCCAGGAGAGCAGGCCCGGACAUGAAAAAAGAAUGUAAAGACUACAUCCAAAAGUAUGGAUCUCUUCCAGUUUCAAAAGCGUUUGUUUCCGGAGCAGGACAGCUAAAAUUCAAAAACAUUAUUCAUGUCGUCGGACCUUCUUGGACAGAUUACAAUAACAAGCUGGAAUGUCUGAAAGAUUUAGCAAAAACAGUGACAAACCUUCUAGAAAAGGCUAAAGAAUGUAAAACCAAAGCUGUUGCCAUGCCGACCAUAAGUUCAGGCAUCUUCAGAGUACCGAAAUCCCUAUGUGCUGCCAUGUAUCUGAAAGGCGUUUUUGAUUUUAGCAAACAGAAGAAGUUCGGAUCACUUAAAGAGAUCCACAUUGUUGAUUUAUCUUUGGACGUCCUUGAUCUAAUUAAGGAAAAGUAUCAACAUUAUUUAACCUUUAAAAAAGCCAUUGAUCCAGCGUGGUUGGUUGUAAGAUACCACAGUGAGGGAGAAACAAAGGCAUCAAGAGGUAACACAGCAUCAACACAGGCAUCAAAAUUGUCAGAGAAAACCAAAGACGAUUUAAACAGAGAACAGGCUCCUUUAUCAAAAUCAAAGGAAAAUAAAAAUUCUGAACACUCAAUGAAAACCACCAAGAUAGGCAAUGUGUGUGUUUACAUAUAUACAGGCGAUCUGGGUUUGUUAUCAGAUUUAGAUGUCGCGGUUAGUAGUGAAAAUCCACAUUUCACAGGAAAAGGUGGCAUUGCAGCUAAUUUUCUUUCAAAGGGAGGAAAAAAGUACAAAGAGGAACAUGAAAAGUUACAAAAAGGUGCUCCAUAUCCUUUAUAUAGCAUACUAACCACCUUGGGAUAUGAUACAAAAUUUAAGAAAAUCUGUCAUGCCAUUAUCGUUGCCUUUUCGAAAACUAACCCAUUACUACUUCAUCACCAUAUGCAAUAUAAGAAUUUCAUAUUUGGGAUACUAAAUCAAGUAAACAACCUGGCAGGGCAAUCAUGUGGCAGGAAAAAGAAAAGCCUUCGAUCAAUUGUUAUGCCACUUCUUGGAGCAGGUAAUCUUCAUGAUCCACAUACAAUCCAAACCCUUUGUACUCUUACUCGUGACGCAAUAGAAUGGUAUGCCAGGUUCAAACCGUCACACAUAACGCAGAUACAUCUUGUUAAUAUGCGGGACGAGUUUACAAAAAUGCUGGUCACAACCUCUCAACAGACGGGCUUAAAACUUCCGAUUCCUGAAGGUAACGCUGCAAAAUCCUCAAAGUUUGACUCUAGAUCGUUUCAAUACAUUUACAAUUGGAAAGUACCAUCAAAAGAUAAGACAGUUAGCUUGGCAGACUUCAUAAGGCAGUCAGAAAACACUAAAGGCAAUACCUGUAUCAUUUGCAUGGAUGAAAUGACACAGCCUGUUGAAUUUGCUAGGUGUCGUCAUCAAUUCUGCGAAGAAUGUAUUACUGAAUAUUUUUCUUCGAAACCGAUUUGCCCCGUCUGUAAUACUGUGUACGGAAAACUUUAUGGAAUUCAACCCGUCAACGGUGAAGCUAGAAUUUUCAAGGACAAGAAGUCACUGCCAGGAUUCCCAAAGACAGAGACUUUCAUUAUCAGCUACGUGUUUCCUGAUGGAAAGCAAGAAGACUGCCACCCUGAUCCUGGAAGACCAUAUAGUGGAAUACAGAGGCAGGCAUAUCUUCCUGACAAUAACGAAGGUAGAGAAGUACUUCAUUUGCUUGAGGCAGCCUUCAAGCAGAGGCUAGUGUUUACCAUCGGUGUCUCUCGCACCACGGGGAGGGAAGGAGUGGUCACAUGGAACGAUAUACACCAUAAAACUCGAAGAGACGGAGGCCCUGAAAGUUUCGGUUAUCCGGAUGAAGAAUAUUUAGCCAGAGUAAAAGAAGAACUUAAUUCAAAAGGAAUAACAAACGAGUGA